AAUCAGGUGAAAAAAGGAAAGGGAAGAAGGAAGUGAAGCGUAACCAGGAAAAAGAUAGUCUCGGGAUCGGAUCGUGAUGGAAAAACACGAACGAAAGGAUGGAUUAGUUAGUUUCAGCUACGGCUAAGGCCGGCACGAAAACGCGAUAAAAAGAGCGAUAACGGCAAACAUGCGGCAUUAUUUAACAACGGCACUUAUUUAAUCGGGAAUCGAGAUAAGACAAAAAGCAAUGGCAUCAUAUAGGCGCAGUUCGUCUGAGGAUCAAGAUGAAAGCGACCACCACGCGCGACACGCAAUCGUUCUCUGGUCCAGUCUAGUAUUCGUUUGCGAAUUGGCAAGGUGAAGAAGAAGUGGGCCCCUCUUGAUCUCGGGAGACAAUUUUAUCGAAUGAGGAUCAACAUUCGAGAAGGACGACAAACCUCGAUUCUUCGGCGAAUGGCAAAGAAAAAAUUGAAGUUCGCCAGGUUUUGCAAUUGACGAAGAAGACAGGAUAUCUCUGAGACUUAUGGGGAAAUUAAGAAAUAUAGAAUGAUCUUGAUGGAAGUUACAUUCGUCGAAAUGUUCAGAAUUGGUUGAAUCAAGGAUUCUGUUUUAUUCGUGUUACUUAUUGUUUCUCGUAUUGCCAAGGAGGUUUGGGUAUUUGUUGAAGAAAUAAUAUGAGAAUGACGGAUGAGAACGGUCCUACCGAGGUGUUGUGCGUGAACAGUCCUGUAAAGGUAAUAAACGGGAGCGGAAAGGACAAUGAAAAUUUGUGGAAGACGAAAGUGUACAAGAGACGAUGGCUGAUGCUGGGCUUGUUUACGUUGUACACGGGAAUGAGCAGCUUCCAGUGGGUACAAUAUUCGAUAAUCACCAACAUAAUCACCAGAUACUAUGGCGUCUCUUCGUUGGCUGUCGACUGGACAUCAAUGGCAUUUAUGGUCUAUUACGUGAUUUUCAUUAUUCCUGCCACAUACAUGCUGGACCGAUGGGGACUUAGAUGGACAAAUAUUGUAGGAUGCGGCAUCAAUUGCCUUGGUUCGUGGAUCAAAGUUUUGUCGGUCAGUCCUGACAGAUUUUACGUAACCUUCAUUGGACAAUCACUGGUCGCUUCUACACAGACUAUAGUUUUGAUCAUGCCUGGACGUCUGGCAGCGCAAUGGUUCGACGUUACCGAAAUUUCCACAGCCACGUCGUUAAGUAUUUUCGGUAAUCAACUAGGAAUAGCGUUAAGUUUCCUAUUAACACCGAUACUCAUAAAAAAUCACGAGAAUCUUGACGACAUCGGCUCUGCCUUGUCGCACCUUUUCUGGGCCAUAGCUAUCAUAAUCUCGGUUGCAUUUUUGCUAGUCAUUACACUAUUCGAGAACGAUCCGAAGCUACCGCCGAGUAAAACGCGAGUUCUGCAAAAGUUGAAUCAAAUGGAGGUGGAAGAAAGUUUCAUAGAGCCAGUUAAAAGAUUGUUUAAAAACAAGUGUUAUUUAUUGCUCUGCAAUUCGUACGGUUUAGGAAUAGGUGUGUUCAACGCAGUGGGAACAUUACUGAAUCAGAUAUAUCUCGAGCACUUCGAGCACGGUGAAGAGGACGCGGGUAGAAUCGGUUUGGCCAUGAUCGUUGCGGGAAUGAUAGGUUCCAUCUGUUUCGGUGUGAUUCUCGAUAAGACACAGAAGUUCAAGGAAACGACCGUGAUCGUGUAUUUCCUGGCGUUAUGCGGCCAGAUAUUCUUUUCUACGUUCGCAUGCCUCGAAAUGAAAUGGAUGGUAUAUCUCUCGGCCACUUUUCUGGGGUACUUCAUGGUCGGAUACUUUGCCUUAGGAUACGAAAUUUGCGCGGAGUACACGUAUCCAGAGUCCGAAGGGAUAACGGCGGGAAUUUUGAACGUGGGCAAUAAUGUUUACGGCAUUGUCCUCGUUCUGAUAAUGGGCCGAUUGUUGGAAGUAUACGGAGAUAUUCCGGUUCAUGUGGGACUUUGCACGGCGUUGCUCGUCGGCUUUAUCAUGACCGUGUUUACGGAGGACGUGCAAAGGCGUCAGGACGCUAAAAAGGGCGUUCAAUACGUGGGUGUUAAUCAAAGUGCAAAAAGCAACAAUGGACUUGAAAAAAAUUAAUCUAUUCGUGACGCUGAACUUCAUAGCUACGUGAAUUUUAUUUAAGUUUCUUAACAUGCAUGUACAGAUACUGUUCUUCUUUUUAUACGUUCGUACAUAGAUAACGAUGAGAAAUAAUAAC